AUGAAGGUGGAGUGUUUCAAAGCAGCCACAGACUGUCCUCGUCGCCUUGCUUCAUGUUGUCUGAGCAGCAUCGUUUGUUCACUCGCCUCUGUGCCUCGGUACCUGGCACUGGGUACCGUACCGGUACAUGUGACUGGUUGGACGGUGCUCACAACUCAUAUCGAUCGUCUCGCCGCACACGCAUACGCACAUACCGCAUACCGCAUACCGCAUACCGCAUACUACCGUCAGCACCACAACGAGCUUGGCUUAGUGACAAUGAACGGCCACAGCGUCGCCAACGGGCAUGCCAGCGCCUCGAACGACACGCAAUUCGAUGUCCUCAUCAUUGGCAGCGGCUUCAGUGGAAUCAAUGCAGCCUAUCGCGUCCAAGAAGGGCUGCCAGAUUUGUCCUUUGCCAUUCUCGAGGGCCGACAUGAACUUGGUGGGACGUGGUCGCAGUUCAAGUACCCCGGUGUGAGAUCAGACUCGGAUCUACACACCCUGGGCUUCGAGUUCAAUCCAUGGAAAGCGACGAAUCCUAUCGCUACCGGUGGCAGUAUCAUGUCAUACCUGAACGAGACGGCGCACGAAUUCGACAUCGACCAGAAGAUACGGUACAAUCACAAAGUCAUCGCUGCGGAUUGGAGGAGCAGCGAACAACAAUGGAGACUUGAUGUCCAAGUGGGACAGGGGGAGGACACACGGACAGCAGUGUACUGGGCCAAGUGGCUCAUCACGGGUACUGGGUACUAUAGCUAUGAAGAGGCCAGAAAGGCAGACAUCCCUGGCAUAGACAAUUUCAAGGGCCAAAUCGUACACCCACAGUUCUGGCCGGAAGAUUUGGACUACAAGGGCAAGAAGAUGGUCAUUAUUGGAUCGGGCGCGACCACCAUCACACUGUUGCCAGCGAUGGUCGAAGGCGGAGUAGGAUCGGUUACACAGCUACAACGAAGCCCAAGCUACAUUAUAAGUGUCUCACAGAACGGCGACUCCUGGUGGGAAAAGUACGCACCUCAAUGGUUCUUGUUAAAGUACAAGCGCUUCAUGUUCACUUGGAUGGCCAUCCUCAUGUACCAAUUCUGCAUGUACUUCCCCACCCGCGCCUCCAAAUUCCUGCGCAAAGAAGCUGCAAAGCAGCUACCCGCCGACUUCCCAAUGGACCCACACUUCAAACCCGCAUACAACCCCUGGCAACAACGACUCUGUGUCUCCCCUGACGGCGACUACUUUAAAGCCCUCAACUCAGGAAAAGCCCACAUUGUCACCGACACAAUCAAGAACGUAACAAGCAACAGCAUCGAGCUCAACAGCGGCGAGACACUAGACGCAGACAUCAUCAUCACAGCCACCGGUCUUAGCCUCCGCAUCCUCGGCGGUAUCAACAUCAGCCUCGACGGCAAGCCAGUCAAUGUUACCGAACAAUACAUGUGGCGCUCCAGCAUGCUCACCUCCAUACCCAACCUCGGCAACAUCAUUGGUUUCUGGAACGCUUCGUGGACGCUGGGCUCCGACACUGCGUCUUGUCUCUUCGUGCGCCUGAUCAAGCACAUGCAUGAGAAUGGCUAUACCUCCGUGGUCCCGGAGAUCAGCGAGGAAGACAAGAAGUUGGCAGUCGGUGCCAGCCCGCUGAACAGCACUUAUGUCGCGAAUGCGACGAGCAAGCUGCCCAAGUGCGCGAACAGGGGUCCGUGGAAGCCGAGGGAGAAUUAUUUCGUAGAUAGCUGGGGUGCGGCAAAGGGGAGCUUCACGGAUGGUUUGAGGUGGGAGAGGAAGAGUGUAUAG